AUGACACUAGCAGACACAGCUGCAUCCUCUGCAGCACAAGCGGUGGGUGAUAAGGCUGCAGAUGCAAUCGUAUCCUCAGCUACAGCUGUGCAAUCAGCCACAGAUGCAGCUGCAGAAGCGGUGCAGCGGGACAAUGGAUGGUUUGGCUUCUUCACAGGGCCUUUUGAGACCGUUUUGAAGGUCCUGGACACUGGGCUGGACAAGCUGCAUGUGCCUUAUUCUUAUGGAUUCUCCAUCAUUCUUUUGACAAUCUUCGUUAAGGCUUUGACCUUCCCGCUCUCAAAGAAACAGGUGGAGAGCACAGUGGCCAUUCAGGCGCUGCAGCCGCGGGUGAAGGAAAUCCAGGAGAAGUACAAGGGCAGGGACCCACAGGAGGCACAGAUCGAGGUUGCAAAGCUGUACCAAGAAGCAAAGGUCAACCCUCUGGCUGGCUGCCUGCCCACGCUCAUCACUCUGCCAGUCUGGAUUGGGCUCUACAGAGCGCUCUCCAAUGUGGCAGACGAGGGGCUACUCUCAGAGGGCUUCUUUUGGAUCCCUUCCCUUGCUGGGCCCACCACCCUUGCCGCGCAGAAAGCGGGCGCAGGAAGCUGGCUCUUCCCUCUGGUGAAUGGAGCACCUCCCAUCGGGUGGCACGAUGCCUCGGCCUACCUCGUCCUGCCAGUGCUGCUGAUCGUGUCGCAGUACGUGUCACAAAAGAUCAUCAGCCCGCCGUCUGAGGAUCCCUCCCAGCAGUCAGCACAGUGGAUCCUCAAAUUCUUGCCCCUCAUGAUCGGCUGGUUUUCCCUCAACGUCCCAUCUGGUCUGACCAUCUACUGGUUCAUCAACAAUGUCCUCAGCACAGCACAGCAGUUAUGGCUCAAGAAGACCAUACAGCCGCCGGCCCUGGCGUCUGCAGGCACAGGCACCGUCGUCAACGCGAGGAGUAGUGUAGAGGACCUGCGGCCCACAGGUGAGACUGGGUGUCCCUUCUCCUUAGCUGCAUCGGCGCCGUGCAAAUAA